CACAUCAGUUCAGUAGCACCGAGGGCGAGGUUUGGCUUGGAUGUCGCGUGUGAGCGGAGUAGUGACGCCGCGACGGCAAAAGUGCUCUUGCUCCUGCUUCCUGCUUUUGCUGCUCGUCAGCCUGGUUGCCUGUCAGGCCACCACCAAUGUCGACAAGAUACCGCUAGGUGCCAUUUUCGAGCAAGGCACCGAUGAGGUGCAAUCAGCAUUCAAGUUCGCGAUGCUGACGCACAAUCAGAAUGUGACGGCGCGCAAAUUCGAACUGCAAGCCUACGUUGACGUCAUCAACACAGCCGACGCAUUCAAACUGUCCCGGCUGAUAUGCAACCAGUUCUCAAGAGGAGUGUUCUCGAUGUUGGGAGCAGUCAGCCCGGACUCAUUCGACACUCUGCACUCGUACAGCAACACGUUCCAAAUGCCAUUUGUCACACCCUGGUUUCCUGAAAAAGUGUUAACUCCAUCGUCAGGAUCCCUGGACUAUGCAAUCAGUAUGAGACCCGACUACCAUCAAGCAAUUAUUGACACUGUCAAGUAUUAUUCCUGGGGGAGGAUCAUCUAUCUAUACGACUCUCACGAUGGUUUACUGAGGUUACAACAGAUCUAUCAAAGCUUGAAACCUGGUGUGGAGUCUUUUCAAGUUGAAACUGUCAAAAGGAUACAAAAUGCUUCAGAAGCCAUCGAUUUCCUACGGUACUUGGAAGAUCUCAGCAGAUGGAGUCCAAAGUAUGUGGUACUGGACUGUCCAACAGAGAUGGCUAAAGAAAUAGUGGUCAGUCAUGUGAGGGAUAUUUCUCUUGGAAAGAGAACCUACCAUUAUCUGCUUAGUGGCCUGGUAAUGGACGACAGAUGGGAAGCUGAGGUGGUCGAAUAUGGUGCAGUCAACAUAACUGGUUUUCGAAUAGUUGAUUCGACUCGCAGAAAUGUCAAAGACUUCCUGGAGGGAUGGAGAAGGCUAGAUCCCACCAUAUCACAUGGAGCCGGCAAAGAAUCAAUAUCGGCACAUGCGGCGCUGAUGUACGACGCAGUGUUUGUGCUGGUGGAGGCUUUCAACAAGUUGCUGCGCAAGAAACCAGACAUGUUCCGAGCCAACUUCAGGCGAGGACUGAUCUUCAACAAUGGCAGUCGGGGCAUAGACUGCAACACCAGUGGCGGGUGGGUGUCGCCCUGGGAACAUGGCGACAAGAUUUCUCGCUUCCUCAGAAAGGUUGAAGUUGAAGGACUCACAGGAGAUGUACGAUUCAACGAAGAUGGAAGGAGACAGAACUACACUCUCCAUGUCGUUGAAAUGACUGUCAAUUCUGCCAUGGUGAAGGUUGCAGAAUGGACAGACAUAUCAGGAUUUCAGCCAGUAGCGGCUAAAUAUGAGAGAUUAAGACCACAUCCUGAUAUCGAGAAGAAUCACACCUACAUUGUAACUACUAUUGUGGAGGAGCCGUACAUAAUGCUGCGUUCGGCCGAACCGGGAGAGAUCCUGCAAGGCAAUGACCGCUUCGAGGGAUACUGCAAGGACCUGGCCGACCUGAUAGCCAAGCGACUCGGCAUCAACUAUGAGCUCAGAAUUGUCAAGGACGGCCAAUAUGGCGCUGAGAACUCUGACGUCAAGGGAGGCUGGGACGGCAUGGUGGGAGAGCUCAUCAGGAAGGAGGCAGACAUGGCCAUAGCUCCAAUGACGAUCACAUCGGAGCGAGAGCGAGUGAUUGACUUCAGCAAGCCGUUCAUGUCUCUGGGAAUCAGCAUCAUGAUCAAGAAACCAGUCAAACAGAAACCAGGAGUGUUCAGCUUCCUCAACCCUCUCUCCAAGGAGAUCUGGGUCUGCGUUAUAUUCUCCUACAUUGGAGUCAGCAUAGUCCUCUUCAUUGUAUCAAGGUUCUCGCCUUAUGAAUGGAGGCUAAUAUCGUAUGCAGAAGAGACAAACCAUCACAAUAUGCUACACCAAGUACCGGGAGCCACUCCAAGUGUCCUGGCCAAUGACUUUAGCAUACUCAACAGUCUCUGGUUCUCACUGGGGGCGUUCAUGCAGCAGGGAUGUGAUAUUUCACCCAGGUCUAUAUCUGGCAGAAUAGUGGGCAGUGUGUGGUGGUUCUUCACACUGAUCCUCAUAUCGUCGUACACUGCCAACUUAGCUGCAUUCCUGACAGUGGAGAGAAUGGUGGCUCCUAUCAACUCGCCUGAAGACCUGGCCUCGCAGACCGAAGUCGAAUACGGCACCCUCUAUCACGGAUCAACCUGGGAUUUCUUCAGAAGGUCGCAGAUCACACUGUACAGCAAGAUGUGGGAAUUCAUGAACUCGAGGAAGCAUGUUUUCGUGAGAACGUAUGACGAGGGAAUUAGGCGAGUGCGUAUGUCGAAGGGGAAGUAUGCGCUUCUCAUUGAGUCACCCAAAAAUGAUUACAUCAAUGAGAGAGAGCCGUGCGACACUAUGAAGGUCGGUAGGAAUCUGGACUCGAAAGGAUUCGGGGUGGCUACUCCCCUAGGAUCUCCACUCAGGGAGGACAUAAACUUGGCUGUGUUAUCUCUAAUUGAGAAUGGUGAGCUGACAAAACUACUUAAUAGAUGGUGGUACGACAGAACGGAGUGUAGGCAUGGUGAUAAACAGGAUGCUUCAAGAAAUGAGUUAUCGUUGAGUAACGUGGCUGGCAUAUUCUACAUACUCAUAGGAGGGUUAAUUCUAGCUAUGGCAGUUGCUCUAUUAGAAUUUUGUUACAAAUCGCAUACAGAGGCAACAAGGGACAAGAUACCCCUGUCAGAUGCUAUGAAAGCAAAAGCGAGAAUGACUAUAGGAAGUAGAGAUUUCGAUAAUGUGAGAGAGAGCAGAGAUGCGAAUGUUUACACUUGAAGUACUACACACCAGCCGGACAGCUGACACCACAAGAUGGCGACCAGUUACACAGCAACACACACACCCAGGUCUGAUGGCCGCACUGCAAUGCGCCCGCAUCAGCCGCAACCAGUUCAAUCCGGUUCAGUGUGCCACCAUCAGCCACCAUAACUGGUUCAAACCAGUUAUACUAUGGAUUACCAUCAGCUACAAGCGGUUCAAACCAGUUCUACUAUGGUCCACCAUCGUCCAAACCCGGUUUGAACCAGUUCUACUAUGGUCCACCAUCAUCCAAACCCGGUUCAAAUCAACUCUACUAUGAUGUACCAUCAGCUGCAACUGGUUUGAGCCGGUUUCACUGUAGUGCACCUUCAACCGGUUUGAACAGAUCACCGCAGUGCCUCGUACAACCUCAUAUGCUGCUGCUGUAAAUACUACCAUGUACAUUCGCCUCCAAUCCUGCCUCUGAAACCCUAAAAAACUAUAAAAAUGCAGCAAUAUUCCUGAAACACUUGAGAACCUUCACAUAAUUCUCAACAUUUUUCAAGAAAAAUUCCAAAACUAGAAAUCAAGGUUUUUCAAGUAAUAGAGGUUGACCAGUGUCUUUGAUAUAAGGGCAGGUCUUGUUUCAUAGAUAUUAUCAGUCCCAUUUCAUAUUAAGGGCUUCAAAAAACCAUUUACUGAGAAGUACACUAAUAUUAUUUUUGGUUUAUGCAUGAUAAAUAUUUUUGAUUUUGUAAAUGCAUACUCCUGACCAUGUUACUUGAACAGUUUUCACUGCUGAAAAUAUCGAUUCCAUACAUUGUGAACUAAAUAAUAACUAACUAAUUCCCUAUACUAAAUUCAAAUGAAUAAUGUUUGCAAUUUGUAAUAAAUCACAAUGUUAAAAUCGAAGAGACAUUGCCAUUUUAUUGAUAUUCAUCAAUGAAGAUGUACGAGUAUACCAAAGUUUAUCAAGUUUUAAUCGAUAAAAAGCUCAAAUUGAAGCUAUUUCAAGUUUGAAAGGAAUGAAUUAUUAAAUCAUACAGGAAUCGUAUAUUUUACAGCCUGUAUGGGACUGACUAAUUACUAAUUUAUGGGAUUUACUAAUAAUUUUAUGAGAUAGUAUUGAUGAGACAACCUGCGGCAUUAUGAUUAGAUUUUUAAAUGAGUCCUAGUUCUAUUCAAGUGCUGCACUUAUGAGCAGCACUUUCAUGAUUCAUUUCUCGGAGACCUCCAUAUUUAUUUACUCUGCUGGGUUAACAUAGUUUUCCUAAAAAGAACUCCCCAACCAACAUUUUUUCAAUGUGCUCCAUGCUUGAGAAGUUUUCCAAACGUUUCUAUUUUCCCUGUUAACUGCGAGCUGAAUUUUGAAACACCUUCUUAUAUCUCCCUCCAUUUAUCUCAAGCUGGCCACUGAUGACCGUUCCAACAACCCCCCCCCCCACACGCCACCCAGAAUGUCUUUCAAAGGACUAAGAACUAGCUGUUCAUGACAUUUAGCCAAUCAGGACACAUUCUGGGUGACAUAUUAGCUUGUUGGAACCAUCAUCAGUGGCCGGCCACAGUAGUAGACUUAUCAUCAAAUCCAAAGAGACUGGGAACCUCUAUUACGUAAAUCUAUAUACUUUGGAAUUCAAUAAACUCAACUCCUCAACCUUCCCCCAACUCCGUCAUUGGUCAAACUAUGGUUAAAGUCCUGAUCAUCCUUGCACGGUAUUGAUUGUUGAUGUUUAAUUAACUGCCGACUUUAUAGUUGUAAGAACGGUCAGAGAUAAGCGCAAUUUUUAACAUUAUUCAAUUAUUAGUAGGUGAUGUUGUUCAAGCACUGAGUUCACACUUGAUAACAAUUCUUUUCAAAAAAUAUAUUAUAAUUACUUUACAUAUUUAUAUUUGCUCAUACUUAUUAUGUUUGUUCUUUUCUGACAAUGAUUGAUACAAGCAGAAAAAUUGAAGUCGGACAGCGGUCAGUUCAGUAGGAAUGAAAAACCUAUAGUCCUCAACGUUCCCUAAUGAGAAUCAACUCAAAAUGAUCAAAAUACUCAUGACAAAAUUUCUUCACAUCAAAUCACUCCAUUGCUUUCUAAAUUUCAGUAGUCGCGAAAUAAUAAUAGUAAUUACUCUGAGACUAAUAAUAUUAGAUCUUAGAUAUCUGUAUUUCACUGCCAUUUAAAUAUGUAUUUUGCUCAUCACGCUUCUUGGCCUUUGGAUGGAGCUAUAAUAGUUUCCCAUAGAGUUUUUUGUAUAUAAUGAUAGAAUUGUGGUGAGUAUAAUUAUUAUCAUUUAUGACAAAACAAAGUGUUGCAAGAGGAUGAAUGCAUUCGAAAUCAAUUUUAUCUGUUAACUAGCCGUCAGGCUCGCUUCGCUCUCCAUAUCCGUCUAGCCAGGGGGCUCCGCCCCCUGGACCCCCGACUGGAUCGUCCAAGAAUGAGAUCAGCAGGCUCGCUGCGCUCGCCUGCAUUUU